ACACAGUCCCCUCCUGCACUUGCGCAAAGACGGCAACGUGACACGCGUGUGGAGGAAGUGUGUAGUGUGACAGGCAGCCGAACUCUGAUUGUCUCCACCGGCCUGGGCUAGUAGCUUAUUCUACUUACUGUAACAUGUCCUGGCUGUUCGGCCUGAAUAAGGGGCAGCCUGAAGCGCCCCCGGAUUUCCCGGUUCCACCGACACCCCCUCCACCGACUGGCGGCUCGGGUGGUGGGUCUGGAGGCGGCGGCGAUAAACCCAAGGACAAAUGGAGCAACUUCGAUCCAACCGGGCUGGAGCGAGCAGCCAAGGCUGCAAAAGAACUCGACAGUUCUCGUCAUGCCAAAGAUGCUCUGGACCUGGCUCGCAUGCAGGAACAGUCUGUUCAGUUGGAGUACCAGUCUAAGAUCAAGGUACUCUUCAUGGAAAAAGAUGCCUAUAUGCUAAUAUGUAGUACACCAAACACAGUAGACUACUGUCUAACCAUGUUAAUUGUGUCCCCUCUCUGUGUGUGUUUGGGGCAGGAGUACGAGGCAGCGGUGGAACAGCUGAAGGGAGAUCAGCUGCGUAUUCAAGGGGAGGAGAGGAGGAAAACUGUCAGCGAGGAAACCAAGCAGCAUCAAUCGAGAGCGCAGUUCCAAGACAGACUUGCCAGACAGAGGUACGAGGAUCAACUUAAGCAACAGCAAACCCUGAAUGAAGAAAACCUUCGUAAACAGGAGGAAUCUGUGCUGAAACAGGAAGCCAUGAGGAAAGCUACCAUCGAGCAUGAGAUGCAGCUGAGGCACAAGAAUGAGCUGCUACGCGUAGAGGCAGAGUCCAAAGCGAGGGCACGUGUUGAGAGGGAGAACGCAGACAUCAUCCGCGAGCAGAUUCGUCUGAAAGCAGCAGAGCACAGACAGACUGUACUAGAAACUAUUCGGACUGCAGGUGCUGUGUUUGGGGAAGGUUUCCGGGCCUUUGUGUCUGACUGGGAUAAAGUCACUGCCACGGUGGCAGGGCUGACCCUUCUGGCUGUGGGGGUGUAUUCUGCGCGGAAUGCCACAGCCGUGGCCGGGCGCUACAUUGAGGCCCGCCUUGGGAAGCCCUCAUUGGUCAGAGAGACGUCUCGCAUCACUGUGUUAGAGGCACUCAAGCACCCCGUUAAGAUGUCAAAGCGCCUGACCAGCAAACCUCAGGAUGCCCUGGAGGGAGUCGUGCUCAGUCCCAACCUAGAAGAGCGCGUGCGCGACAUCGCCAUAGCAACUAGGAACACGCGGAAGAACAAUGGGCUGUACAGGAACAUCCUCAUGUAUGGGCCCCCUGGUACUGGCAAGACACUGUUCGCCAAGAAGCUGGCAGUGCACUCUGGGAUGGACUAUGCCAUCAUGACUGGUGGUGAUGUGGCGCCCAUGGGCCGUGAGGGUGUCACUGCCAUGCACAAAGUAUUUGACUGGGCCAACACCAGCCGCCGCGGACUGCUGUUGUUUGUUGAUGAAGCUGAUGCAUUCCUGCGCAAGAGAUCUACUGAGAAGAUCAGUGAAGAGCUCAGAGCCACUUUAAACGCAUUCCUGUACCGCACUGGAGAGCAGAGCAACAAGUUUAUGAUGGUGCUGGCUAGCAACCAGCCGGAACAGUUUGACUGGGCCAUCAAUGACCGCAUUGAUGAGAUAGUCAACUUUGCCCUCCCGGGUCCUGAUGAGAGGGAGAGGCUGGUGCGCCUGUACUUUGACAGAUAUGUGCUUGAGCCUGCCACUGGGGGGAGACAACGAAUGAAGCUGGCUCAGUUUGACUAUGGCCAAAAGUGCUCCGACAUCGCUAAGCGAGCAGUGGGCAUGUCUGGCAGAGAGAUCUCCAAACUGGGUGUAGCCUGGCAGGCGGCGGCCUAUUCCUCGGAGGACGGUGUCCUGACGGAGGCCAUGAUUGAUAGCCGUGUUGACGAUGCCGUGCGGCAGCACCUCCAGAAGAUGGACUGGCUCCACGGGGACAUUGAAGAAGCUCCGGCCAAGAGCACAGCCCUUCCCAGCGCCGGACCUGCGGACAGAAGCAAGAUUGGCUUUUCUCUGCCACUCGGGGAGCCGCCGCACGCUCAGGAGGAGCUCAGUCCGCUCCUGGAGAUGGACAGCAAAGUGGAGGCCCCUGAUUUUCAGCAGGAGCUGAAACUGGAGGUGCCUUUGUCUGCAGAACCAGUCCAAACUGUCCCAGACAGUGCCACCCUGUCUGUGGAGGAAGGGACUGUCCCAUCAGAAGGGGGUAGUGUCAAGGAGGUGCUGACCCGUCAGGAGAAUGAGGCAGAGGGUGGUGCCCCUAUCACUGAGAGUAGGGUGGAGAAGGAGAAGACCAAACCCCCGCCCAAGGACGGGACUCCAGUUUAACAUUAGGGGGCCGAUUGAAGGACUGGGGCUGCCUAAGAUGAAUGGGGUUUACGUGGGACGCCUCCUGCUUCUCCUCACUGUCUGUAGUCUGUGUGUCUGUCUAAAAGAGGUGGGACAGGUGAGGAGCGAUGGAGGCAUUAAAAUGUUAUGAAGCAACCCGGCGAAGGCUGAGGUGCGGUGAUGUGAUUUGUACAAAAAGUUUAAAAGUGUACUUUACAUGGAAACAUUGUCUGUAUUAAUAUGAAAUUGGUGUGCACUGUUAAAGAUAAUACAAUAUUCAAAUGAU